AUGGAGCUCCCAGAUGUCCGCUGGGUGAAUGAGAUGAGCAGCCAGGCCCUGCCCACUUGCCAGCCCUUCCGGCUGCGGCACCGCGCAGACGUGGCUUUCAUCGUAACCAUGGCUGGGCGCAUCAUCCAGAUGCAGUCUGGCUUUGCCAUGCUCGAGUCUGCAUACGCCCAGCCCAACAACUCAGCCAACAUCAUGAUGAAGAACAUGCUGGAUCUCUUCAUCGGCGUGUUGGUGUUCUACUUGUUCGGCUAUCAGAUCGCUUUUGGUGAAACACAUGAUGUGGGCUUUGCAGAUACCGGCUACGACAUGGCUCACUGGUUUUGCAGCUUCUCUUAUGCGACAACAGCAGCCACCAUCAACAGCGGGGCUCUCGCUGGACGGGUGGCCUUCUUCCCUUACCUGGUCUUGUCCACCUUCAUGACAGGCAUUGUGUACCCAAUUUCAGCACGGCUCGUCUGGGGCAACGGCUGGUUGCAGCAGAUAGGCUUCGUUGACUUCGCAGGCUCCGCCACCGUGCACAUGGUUGGCGCCGUGAGUGCACUGGUGGGAACAUGCUUUGUUGGCCCUCGCAUCGGCCGCUUCAAGGAGUACCGUGCCUGGAAAGCUCCUUGGAAUGUCAUCUUCAUGGAGAAGCACGACAGCAAAUAUUACCGGGAGCCCGAGGGCGCCGUGGAGAAGAAGGUCUUCGUGCCUUUUCGCAAGUGCAGGCACCCGGUGCAGCUGCUGUUCGGCACAUUCCUCCUGCUGGUCGGCUUCCUGGCUUUCAACCCCGGAUCCACGUUUGCCACAACCGACGACAAGGACCUCACCGUGGCCUACAGCUCUGUCACAACGCUUCUUGCAGCUGCAGGCGCAGGAGUGGGAGGCAUGAUCUACUCCAUUGCCUCAGCGCGAGCCGCAGUAGUCCGUGUGCCGGAGCUGACAAAUGCGGUCAUCGGAGGUUUGGUGGCCAGCUGCGCAUGUUGCACAGUGAUUCCAGUACCCCUUGCGCCGCUUGUGGGCUUUGUGGCGGCCCUCCUCACGCUGAGCUUUGAGGAGCUGUUGGUGUAUUGUCAAAUUGACGAUGCGGUUGGAGCUGUUGCUGCACACGGGCCGAGCGGUGCCUGGGGAACGCUGGCGGUGGCUCUCUUUGCUGACAAGCACUGUGCGGACAGCCUUGAGCUAACCGGCCUCUUCUUUGGAGGGGGCGAGGCAGCCUGGCGUCUUCUGGGCGUGCAGGCCCUGGGGAUCUUGGUGCUUUCGGCAAUCUCCCUCGUCUGCACAUACGUGAUCGUGAUGGUGGUCGACGCUCUCUUCGGCUUUCGCGUCUCAAGGGCCUGCGAGCUGAUCGGCCUGGAUUUCUGGGAGCACCAGUUCGACGAUGGCAGCUUGGAGACCAACACUCACAAAGCCACAUUGUUCGGGCUGUCGAAGAUGCGGCAAGACCUGAGCCGUCGAUCCCGGUAUCUGGAGGUUAAGAAAACAGUUUGGUGGUCGCUGGGAAGGAACGAUUCCUCCUCGUCAAAUCCAGGUCUUAGCGAGGCCUCCACAGAUGCCCCCGAGGGCGAAUCGGUUGAAGGGGUGGAAGGGCCUCAAGCAGGCGAAGGAGCGCGAGGCGAUGGCGGUGAUCGCCUUGAGGAGCUGACGAGAAAAGUCCAGGCCCUGGAGGCCCAGAUCUCCUUGCUGACGGUGGGUGCUCUGCGCAAUUCCCAAGCAGGCGAUCCGAACACCUUCGAAGAUAUCUGCGGCCGGGGUCUUCGGACCAAGGCCUGCAUUCCCCCCGAGCCAGAGACGCAAGAGAAGGCGGUUUGA